AUGGGGCCGUCGAUGGAGGAGGAUUACAGGAUGCAGGACGCCACCUUUUGCAGCUGCUUCCAUGUGUUCAUGGCGCAAAUAAUCGCCGUCAUCAAGAACAACAAAAACAAGAUGGCAGGACAGGAUCAGGACGACAGGAUUGGGUCCUGGUUCCUGAGAACGGAUAGGGAUGGUGAUGAGUUGAGAGACGUUGACGCUGACGCCAUUAGCACCGAGUUUUGCAGCAUCAACGACAAACUUUAA